GUAACACCGGUAGUUUACACAAAGUAACACCCAUGGUCACUUGUUACACCAACAAGAGUUAGUUCCCUAUAAUAUUCGUUUUAUUUUAUUUUAAAGUGCAGUGUUCGCAGCGUUUUUAUGUGGAUGUAGCACCAUGAUAGCACUCAUCUUUCGGUGACCGUUGUGCAGUAAAUAUGGGUCGGAUGGAAGAAGCCCAGGCGUCGUGCCUUAACAUCCUCACCUACCACAGGGAGCUGCUGGUGUCCAGGUUGAGGAGUAUUCAAUGCAUCCUGGACAACCUGUUGGCCUGCGGCUUCGUCUGUGAAGAAGAUGUUGAGAUCGUUCAGCGAUCGGCCACCAAGACAGAUCAGGUGCGCAAAAUCUUGGAGCUAGUACAAUGCAAAGGGGAGGAGGCCUGUCAGUACUUUAUUUACAUCAUAUAUAAAGUAUGUGACGCAUACAUAGACCUCCAGCCAUGGUUGAAAGAGAUCAACUUCACCCCAAGCAUUGAUGUAACGGCGAUGACAGUGGUUAACACCGAUCCCAUCAGCAGGUAUUGUGAGAAGUUGAGGCAUGAGAUGAGCCGGGACACCAGCUUCAUCAUGUCAUACGGCCAGCGGGAGGAGACCCGUCUGGAGGACCUUUACACUGACACACAGAUGGAACUGCUGAACGACUGCAAUGAAAGUUUGGACUUCUUGGAGAGUCUGGACCAGCUCCUAGGAGACCAUGCGGUCUUCAAUCCACAAGGUGAAACCAUCUAUGUGAUGGGGGAUGCCGGUGUGGGGAAAUCCAUCCUCCUGCAGAAGCUCCAGAACCUCUGGUCCAAGAAAGAGCUGCAGACGGACGCCAUCUUCUUCUUUAAGUUCCGCUGUAGGAUGUUCAGCAUCUUCAAGGACUCAGAUCAGAUCUCCCUCAGAGACCUUUUGUUCAAAUACAACUGCUACCCAGAUCACGAUCCAGAUGAUGAGGUGUUUGACUACAUCCUGCGCUUCCCAGAGAAGGUUCUCUUCACAUUUGACGGAUAUGAUGAGAUUCAGAUGAAUGACCUGACUAAUGUCACUGAAGUGGUGUCACCAGAAGUCAAGGCGCACCCUCUCCAGCUGCUCAUCAGCUUGCUCUGUGGGAAACUACUCAAGGGCUCCCAGAAGGUGCUGACGGCCCGAACGGGUACCGAGAUCCAGAGCAGGGUGAUCAGAAAGAAAGUGUCUCUGCGGGGGUUCUCUCCAGCUCAUCUGAAGACCUACAUCGAUCUCCACUUCAAGGAACAGGAGCACCGAGAUCUGGUGUCAGUUCAGCUGGAUGCCAGCCCCCACCUCUGUGGCCUCUGCUCCACCCCGCUGUUCUGCUGGAUUGUACUGAAGAGCUUUAGCCACCUGCACACCAUGCACGAUAGCUUUCAUCUGCCUGAAACCUGCAUCACACUCACGGACAUCUUCCUCCUGCUGUCUGAGGUCUUCCUCAGCCGCCUUGGCUCGCCUGCGCCGUCUCUGCUGAAGAAAAGAACUCGGUGUGUCUCAGAGACCUUCAAAGCGGGGCUCAGGCCUCUUUCAGCAUUUGCCAAACUGGCCCUUCAGGGUAUGGAGAGAGGUAGCUUCAUUUACAGCCAGGAGGAGAUCACUGAGUGCGGCCUGUCAGAGGAGGACCUGACCCUGGGCUUUCUUAGACCUGUCACUGAGUAUGAUGCCAGUGGGAGCCCCGCUACAUUUGAAGUCCUCCAUAUCAUCCUCCAGUCUUUCCUGGCGGCGUUUGCUCUUGUGUUAGAUGAGCAGGCUGCUGCCGGCUCCAUCCUCAAGUUCUUCACAGAGUGCAGCAGGAAAAAAGAAUCGUGUCUGCCUUUCAACUUCUGCAUCUGUGGCUCCUCGCAGUCCAACGAAAAGACGCCAUUUGAAACAAAUGAACACCUCCAGUUCACUAAUCUGUUCUUGUGUGGACUGCUGUCCAAGGCUAACGUCGGCCUGAUGGAGCACCUGGUGUCCCCUGUGUUAUUAAAGAAAAAACGGGCCUUGCUGAAAUCCUACCUCUCCACCAGUGUAAAGUCCCACCUCUUGGGAUUACCCCACUUCAACGGCGAAGAGGGCAAGAAAGUUCACGUUUUGCCCAACUUCCUGUGGAUGCUGCGGUGCAUCUUUGAGACAGGCAGCAAAGACAUCGCACAGAUGACAGCGAAAGGCAUCACAGCUGGCUUCAUCAAGCUGGGUUACUGCAAUGUGUUCUCAGGCGACUGCACCGCCCUGAACUUUGUACUGCAGCACCGUCGGAAGCACCUGGGCCUUGACAUGGACAACAACAACAUCAGUGACUAUGGGGUGAAGCAGCUGAGGCCCUCCUUCUCUAAGAUGACAAUAGUAAGAUUCUGUGUCAAUCACCUGUCUGACAGCAGCAUCGAGGUUCUUGCAGAGGAGCUGUGUAAGCACAAAGUUGUGGAGGUCUUGGGACUUUACAACAAUCACAUCACAGAUGUUGGAGCCAAGCUAGUUGCUCAGAUAAUUGAGGAAUGCCCAAAGCUGCGAAUUGUCAAGAUUGGUAAAAACAAGAUCACUAGUGUUGGUGGGAGGCAUUUGGCCAACGCGAUUCAGAGGAGCACCUCUAUAUUUGAUGUGGGUAUGUGGGGGAACAGCAUCGGCGAUGAGGGAGCAGAAGCAUUUGCUGAAUGUCUGAGGCAUCACCCGAGUCUCACCAACCUCAGUCUCUCAGCCAACGGCAUCACAUCUAAAGGUGGGAAGUACCUGGCAGAAGCGCUGAAAGAGAACAGCGUUCUCAGGAUAUUCUGGUUAGUGCAGAAUGAGUUGACUGAUGAUGCCACUCCAUACUUGGCUGACUUGGUCCAAGCCAACACAGGUUUAAGCCACCUCUGGUUAAUCAGCAACCAGUUCACUGUGGAUGGGAUCAAAAACCUCGCUGAGGCCCUCACUCACAACACAGCACUCAAAGAGAUAUGUGUGAAAGGAAACCAGCUCUCUGAAGAGGAAGAGAAACAGUUUGUGAAGGAGAAAAGGCUGCAGUUCCACUGAAUGGGCACUCCUGUGAGACGAGUAUCUGCUGAAUAAUGUCCGUAUAUAAAGUGUGUUCACUGUAUGCAUGCACAGUGUCAGCAAUCUGAAACAGUAUGGUGUUUGAUUUCACCUGGGUGAAAAUGUUUGGUAUGGGCACAAAGUCUGAUGAAAUAUACUGUAUACAUAUCACAUCGUUUAUUGUUGAUGAAACCAUUUUUGCACUGAGCAAACAGCCUGUUUUUAAUGUUUUAUGUAGAAUAUGUUUGCAGAGAAAUGUCAUGACGGGGGAAAAAAAACAUCCUUCCCCGUGACUUCAGAUACAUGUUUUUAUUUGUAUGCAUAUAUGAACAAUAACUUCAUUAUAUUUAUUAUUUGACUUUAAUGUUUACUGUCUGUACAGAGAUAUUCACACCUCUGCCUUUGGUAACUGGAUCCCAAUAUGAAUGUAUUCAGUUGUAUGAAUUUCUCCUGAUGGACUCUUGACAGUGCUGGUGGUGAAAAGGCUUAGUUCAAUAAAGAAGACCGCUCUCUUUAUUCUCUGGAUCCGUUUCCCUCAAUAGGCCUUUUUAUUUGCCUCAAUACAAUAUAUGAGGCAAUUCCCUCCUGGUUAUUGUGAUCAGACACAGUAAUUACUACCUGCACUAAACCUCAAAGGGGCUUUAAUACUUACAGAUAUACUUACCUGAGUGCUUGUUCAAAACAUGUCUGUUUAGAACUUGUCGAAUGCUUGGCCUGUGGUGUUGCUGCUCGCUUUUUUUUUUCUCGAGAACCGCUAAUAAAAACAACUUUACUCAACACUGGGUUCCUUGGGUCCUAAGAAAUACCCCUGCCAUGACAUGGUUACAUCACACACCC